AGUUUGUGUUGCUGUAGUUUGAGUGGUGAUGGCGACGAUGACACAGAAAACCGUUAUUAAUUAAAAGAUACAAAAGGAAACGGACAACGACACUACAACUCAAUAGAGGUGACAAUACAUAUACACAUGUUAAAUUAAAAUCAAUUAAAUUGUGUGUAAAUGCUAGAACGUGAAUGUAGCGCGAUUAAUGUUUGACAGCAUUUCCGUCCUCCUGUUUAUCAGUCGUUUUUCAGAAUAUCACCGCAAAAAGGAAAGGCAAAAAAACAAUGAAUAGCUUUGCUCCACCAUAAGACAACACAAACCUUAUGGCGAACAAGUUUCGUUUUCAUUUCGUUUUGUUUUCGUUUUUCUUUUUCGGUAUGGAAAAUGAAAAGGCGAAGGUGUUCACCCAGAGAACCGACAAGGCAAGGAAGAAUAGGAACAAAAUAUGAAAAUAACAAAAGCGGACAGACCGACGGACCAAUACUAUUUUUUACGAGGCAACGCCAGCAUAGAACACAACAGCAUUUUCCAAAAACAACAAUAAAACAAAAAAAAAAUUCACUGAACACAAAUUCGUUGCAGAGUAUAGUUAUUUUUGUACUUCAACAAAUAUCGAGCAAAAAACGAACACCAUCCAUUCUAUGGAUGGGAUAGACACAUCAUAUGUGUAGUGAAAAUAAAAAAAAAUCUAAAAAUUGAAAUAUUCCAAACGACACAGGUCACACAUAACAUUGCAGCAGCAAUUAUCUAGUGGGAGUUAAGAAUUUUUGUGUUUUACUAAACGGAAAAAUAUGUGAAACAAGUGAAAUUACUACGAAAAACAAUUGUUUUAAUUAUUCUGCAAGAAAAUCAUCACACAACACAAAUAACCAGGGUAAACUAUGAAAUGAAACAAAAAAUUUUGUGAAUAAAAAAAACAACUAAAGGCCGUCAUUGUUGUUUUACCAUCACCGUCAACACCACAUACACAACAACCACCACAAAACAAUAAGGUCGUUGUCACACUCCCGUCCACUUGUUAUCUAUGACGGCUAUUGGGCCAUCAUCAUCAUCAUCAUCGCCAGUACUCAACAGUUCGUUCUUAACACGGAGCCCCCUAAGAAGGUCCCUAAGGAUGCCGUCAUUAACGCUGUAAUUUUGUCAUCAAAAAAACGACGCACACACCGCACACAUAUACAAAUAGCGCGAUAAACAACAAUAAGAAACUAUAUUUAAGUAUCACCAAUGGACCUUUAAUCGCAACCGACCUCACAAGCCCAACUGUCAUUUAAAAAAAAAAAAACAUUCACUCGCCACCCAAUUCUUCUGUUGUAGCACGCACAAGUGAUAGACUUCCUAAAUUUGUCAACAUUCAUUGGUGUUGUUGUUACACAUAACCUUGAAAAUAAAGUCUCAACUAUAUCGGUGACAGCACACCCAGCCCUUAAACUAAAGAAACAUGGAAGCCAGCCUUAUGUAUGAGAUACUCAUGUAUCUAAACUCCUUUUAUUUUGGUUUGUACGCUGCCUUUAAGGUGUGCGUCAGUAUUUUAAAGUUCAUCCUGCUGACGUAUCCGGGAAAUGCCGCAGUGCGUGAGAUGAUAUUAUUGUUACUGAUGUGUGUUCUGGAGACGGUACGCAUUGUUUUGGGCCGUCGCAGUAGUUUAAGUGCUCGUGCCUGGCAAGCGAUAGCAUCCGUAGUAUUAACACUGCCCAGCCUUAUUCUUGUUAUUUAUUUGUGUUUUUUCCAAACGUCAGUUCUCAAACUUGAAGUAAUUAUGAGUGCCUUAAUGAUAACCCUCCAUGUUGCCGAACUGGUGUUUGCUGGCAUGUUCAUUUGCACAAUGUGUCGGCCGGUGACAUAUACCUAGCAGUUGAUGGAUGUGCCAACAUUUGCAUCUGCAUCUGCAUCCCAAUAUCACAACAUAACAAUGUCGCCAUCACCCAUUGCAAUAUUUUUGUCAGCAACAUUUGUGACCGUUUUUCGAAAUCUAUUCGCAUCGAGGUCGUCAACACCAGCUAUAUUCUUAAGAUUAAUGCAUAUGUACAUCCUGAAACAUCCUACCAAGAGACUUCUAUGUAAACGUCGACAAUUCAUUAGCCUCACUUGUAAUAUAGUAAAAAACAACAACAACACCAAGACCAAUAACAACAAACACCACAAUCGCCGUACCACACCAAUCAAUUACGAAAGACGGCUCCAAGAACCCGGAGCAAAGGAUGUACAGAACACAAGUUGAAAUUUCACAGAAUGGACAACCGAAUCUUCGAGUGUGUAUGUGAUGAAAUAAGCCUUGAUUAUCAAACGUUGACUACUUAAAAUUCGUUUGAGACAGACGUGUGAUCUUUUUUGCCGAGCAACUUGUACAGUAGUAGAUAAAUACAAUUUAUUUUAUUUGGAUAUCGUCGGAUAGUUAAUAUUAAGGUUUGCCAGCAAUUUUAUCGGUUAUUCUGAUUGUUCCAUGCUUUCUUGGUGUCAACUACGUUUUACUUUUACAAUUGUAUAAAUUACG